AUGAAUGGCGUGGCGGCAUUCGAGCAAUGGCAGCAGCCCGCGACAUCACCAGCAGAUUGGGCUAUGGCACCACUACCAUCAGGACUGUCCAGCGGUGGUUCGCUCGCUUCACAAAUGGAGAUACCGACUUCGAAGACAAGCCCGGGUCUGGACGCCUCCCACACUGUCGAAGACUCCGCCAUUCUCUUGCAGUCAAGGAGAAUUCAGAGAUCAACACCCGCAAUCUUGCGACGAGACUCAGAUGUAGCCAUUCAACAAUCGUCUGUCGCCUCCACGCCUUCGGCUACCGAAAAGUGCUGGCUUGAUGGAUCGCUCUCACCCUGA